UGGCGAUGGAGUCAGACAGUCUGUGGAUACUGAAGCAAACUUCUUUCGAUUUUGACAAUAUCGUUUUCGAAGGAGGGGGAGCAAAAGGAAUAGCAUAUAUGGGAACGCUUGAGGUCCUCCAAGAAGUCGGCAUCUAUGACAAACUUCAUCGCUUCGCUGGGGUCAGUAUGGGGGCAGUGUUUGCUACCCUCAUGGCUUUGGGCUUCACCCCUCGAGAAGUCAAGGAAUUCUCCAGGACGUUAGACGCCUCGGCUUUCCUCGACGCCACGUGUGGGUACCUCGCCUUCCUGCCCAACCUGGCCUGGAGCUACGGAUGGCACCCUGCCAAGAAAUUCUACACCGCAAUGUCCGAACAAAUCCGGGGAAAACACGGUGACAGUCUGCUGACGUUUGGCAAGCUGUACCACGACCACGGGAAGGAGCUGUGCAUCGUGGCUGCCAAUAUGUCCACCUCCAGCGUGGAGUACUUCCAUCCCAAGACAACUCCGGACUUCCCCAUCAUGGAGGCGCUCGCCAUGUCAAUCAGCAUCCCAGUCGUGAUGAAGCCAAAGUAUUCCUUUGUGAACGGAAGAGGAGAAUACUUCGUUGACGGCGGAGUUCUCAACAACUAUCCCAUCAACACUUUUGAUGGAUGGUAUCUGUCAAUGGACCCCAAGCAUUCCUUCUUGCAUCAUGAUAACAUCGAGGAGGAACAGAGCAGCUGGUUUGAUGGCUUUAGUGAGAAGACGAUCGGAGCCAUGGUGUUUUCCACCGACGAAAGGGAGGUUUUCAAACGUGAAUUCGGGGAACGCAUGAAGGAUUAUCCCCCAGACAGACCUAACACCGCAUUGAUGAGAAAACGCCUGCCUCACAUGACAAAGAUUGACGCGGACAACAGGAAGCAGGAUAGCGUGAAGGCGAUCGCCCACAAACUCAUGGCGUGUCUGCGUGAGCGAAACCUAGAUCAGAGCAUGCAUAUCACUAAGACGGAGCUCACUGACGCUCUUAAGAGCAGUAACAUAAGCCCAGAGGAAUACAAACUUCUUUUCGGAAACACGAAACCGGAUAAAGUUUUCGAUGAGAUUGACAGAUAUGGCGACGAUUUUGUGUCUGUACACGCCCUGGUGUCCUAUUUUGCCAAGAGAGGAGUCCCAAUCCACCACGGCGCCCACAGUCGCCCGUCGCACGUGAUAGACAGCCUGACCACGUAUAUGAUUGCAAUAAUAGACUCCAUCACAGCACGUCAUAAAGAGGUGGUUAUCAAGCGGCGUGACCUUGAGCGUUCUAUCGGCAUCGACUGUGACUACAUCACCACCAUGGAUGACUUGGAAGAAGAAGACAUCGACUUCCUCAUCACGCAAGGACGCAACGCAACCAUAGCGUUCCUCAAUACCUGCGUGGAGAAGAAACCAAAGGCAGCCAAAUCCCAGACGGAUUAAUACUAACCACGCCAAACAACUUUACAUUCAGGAAAGGAAGGUUUGCUUGUACAGAUGGAACCAUGUCUACCUGAUGUAGAUGCAAUAGCGACAUGGCUGUGUUUAGUUAAGGGGGACGAUGUGCACAUUCCACGAUCUGGGGUCGAGACGAUGUAAUUAUCAUUAGUGACUUUUCUCGAACAGAAACAUUGCCUGUAUGUCAUGCCUAAUGCAAAUGUAGGCUUUGAAGAAAUUAAAACAAAGGACGAGGUGGUCAUUUUGGCCCACAAGAUCUGCUUGAUUUAAGAAUUGAAGUUUAAGUUAGACUUCUUACCUUGUGUUGACUUUACCCAUAUGAGCAGAAGUUCUGAUUCAUAUGCUUAAGCGGAGCGCAUCUGGUGUCCAUGGAGAUGCCUCCUUCUUGCCAAAAUGUUUCACAUUGACCUGAAUAUGUGUAACAAUAUCUCUAUAAUUUUGUAGCAAAUGUCCCAUGGAUCAAGGAAUGAAGUUUUUCCUUAAGUUUGCCACGUGGGACAGUUGUGUACAAAGUUAAAAAAACACAUGCUUUGACAGAAUUGAACCUGGUUCUUUUCUGAGAUUGCAAAAAGUCAAGCAAAUCCUGAUGUUUUUAGACUCCACAUGGUACUAAUUCCACGUGUCUAAAAUACUUUCUGUGAACAUAAAGAAAGUUCUUCCUUGCUUGUAUUAAGGAUUAUGGUUGAUCGUUAAGACAGGGAUUUGGUGGUACAUGUGCUGUUCCAACCAAUAUUAACAUAUCUCUCUUUGUAAGGGGUUUUAUAUAUGGAGCUUCGGAAUCCAGUGCAAAUGAGGAAUAGGCAUGUCUGCAGCUUUUAGAGUCAAGUCAAAAGUUGAUAGUACUGGUGCAUGGUUUGGGAAGAUUUCUUCCUCGGUUAACAUACUGUCCUUACAUGUGUUGUGUUAUUUGAUAUGUCACUUAUACCGAGUUGUUUGAUUAAACAAUUAAUGUAGUGAAUCUUACAUGCACUGGUUGUGUU